AUGUCAAAAUCAUGGACGUCAACUCUACGGCUGCCCAAGUCCACAUUUCCACCAAGAGCCUCGGCCCAAUUGCGCGAGCAGUACAUUAAGCGGUCCGCGGACGACUUCUACGAAUGGCAAAAAGCCAACCGGCCGAGCGAUGAUACCUUUGUCAUUCAUGAUGGCCCCCCUUACGCCAAUGGCAACCUCCACGUCGGCCAUGCACUCAAUAAGGUCCUCAAGGACAUGAUCCUGCGUGUAAAAGUGCAGCAGGGACGGCGCGUUGACUAUAUACCUGGCUGGGACUGCCACGGCCUACCCAUUGAGCUCAAGGCCCUAGGCAAGGCCGAAGAUGGGGGCAAGCAUCUCACGCCUGUCGAGAUCCGCAAGUCAGCGAGGAACCUGGCAAGCAACACGGUUCUGAAGCAGAUGAAGAGUUUCCGGAGCUAUGGCGUCAUGGGCGACUGGGACCGUCGGUGGACGACCAUGGAUGCUGCCUUUGAGAUGCGACAGCUGAGACUCUUCCAAAAAAUGGUCAAGAAGGGCUUGAUCUAUCGUAGAUUCAAGCCAGUAUACUGGUCACCCUCUUCGAAGACGGCACUUGCUGAAGCCGAGCUGGAGUACAAAGAUGACCACGUUUCUACUGCAGCCUGGGUCAGAUUCCGCAUUGAUGAUUCUUGGAAAGAUGUUCCGGAGCUUGCAGAGGCCGCUGGAAGUAUGAAGGGAGGAUUAUACGCCAUUAUCUGGACCACGACACCAUGGACACUUCCCGCCAACCAAGCCAUCGCCGUCCAUGACGAUAUGAACUAUUCCAUUGUUAUGGACGGAGAAGAUGGAUACAUUGUCGCAGAAACUCGAUUGGACCAAACUCAAGAUAUGCUUCCCAACCAGACGUCUUCCGGCGCAUCUUCCAUUGCUGGCAAGCACUUCACAAACCUGAGUUAUCGGCACCCUCUAAAAGGCAAAUCCGCACCAUCACAACCAAUCAUACAUGCGGAUUUUGUCACGGCAGAUUCAGGUUCUGGUCUUGUUCAUCUGGCCCCUGGACAUGGUUUUGACGAUUACGAAGUCUGUCGCUCGUUGAAUUUGUCCGUCACGGCCCCCAUUGACAAUGAGGGCAAGUUCACAGCGGAUGCAUACCCGGAUGACCCAGAUCGACUGACCUCGGCACCUUCUAUCAAUCACGGUGGUAGCCAAUCUGUGAUUGACCUUCUUGGCAGUGAUAUUCUCCACGUCGAAAAGUACAAGCACAAGUACCCAUAUGACUGGAGGACAAAACAGCCUGUUGUCAUCAGGGCUACGGAGCAGUGGUUUGCCGAUGUAUCCCAUAUCAGAGAUGAGGCGCUGAGUGCCUUGGAGAGUGUGCGUUUCUUUCCAGAAGUGGGACGGAAACGUCUGGAAAGCUUUGUCAAGGGGCGCAGCGAGUGGUGCAUCUCAAGGCAACGUGCUUGGGGUGUCCCUAUUCCUGCUCUAUUUGAUAAGAAUGGGGCCGCUGUUGUAGAUGAAGCGACUGUUGAACACAUUCUGUCCGUCAUGAAAGAUCGAGGCACCGGGGCUUGGUGGUCUGAUGCACCGGAUGACCCAGCCUGGAUUCCUAGUCGCCUGUCUGGAGAAUACAGAAGAGGCACUGACACGAUGGAUGUGUGGUUUGACAGCGGUAGUAGCUGGAGCAUGAUGUCUGGCCAAGCCGACGUGUACCUGGAGGGAUCCGACCAACAUCGCGGAUGGUUUCAGUCGAGUCUGUUGACACGAGUUGCAGCUGGCGCCGUUGAAGACACUGGCUUUGUCAAGGGCGCACCCUUCAAACAGCUAAUUACACAUGGGUUCACCUUGGAUGGUGAGGGCAAGAAGAUGUCAAAGUCUCUGGGUAAUGUUAUUGAGCCCCAACAGGUCAUGGACGGGUCCCUGCUGCCACCAGUGAAGAGAAAGGGCAAGGCGGCACAAGGGCCACCAACGUAUGAUGCUCUCGGAGCUGAUGCACUGCGCCUGUGGGCCGCAAGCAGUGACUAUACCAAGGAUGUAGCUAUCAGUGAGACGGUACUCCGGGCUAUUCAUACCGCGUUGCUCAAGUACCGCACCAUUGCCAAGAUGUUGCUGGGCUCUAUGCAUGAGUCUGCUCGGUCAGCGCCACUCUUCACUGCAGACCAUAUCGCACUCAUCCAGCUGCGAGAUACAAUGGAGGAGGUUGGAAAAGCCUUUGACAAGCACGAGUUCUACAGAGGCUUCAGCAUUCUUAACCGAUGGAUCACAAACGAUUUGUCCGCUUUCUAUUUGGAGGCAUCAAAGGACAGGCUAUACUGCGGCGACGGAGGCGGUGUCAUUGAGCCCAUCUUCUAUGGCUUCAUGAGAAUGCUGGCACCAAUGACUCCGUCACUGGUCGAAGAGGUCUGGGAGCAUCGGCCGGAGUGGAUGAAGCAGGACAUGGCCGUCGUUCACCCUCUCCACCAGUUGUAUGCGACUCCCGUGAUCUCGGAAGAUCGCCUCACGUUGGAUCUCCCGGCCGUACGAAAAGAUAUUCCGACCCUAAUGGCUGUGCACUCGGCCAUCAAAACAGGCCUCGAGAAAGCCCGGGCUGACAAGGUCGUGGGAUCCUCGUUGCAGAGCUCAAUUGUAGUGUCGACGUCUGACGCAGGAGUAAUUGCCGUCCUGGAAAGAUAUGCCGAUGAGCUGGCCAACAUGUUCGUUGUCUCGUCGCUCGAGAUUACUGCAGGAGAUGCAUCCCCCAGCACCCCAGGAUGGGAACAAUACAAGCAGGAAAUCGAUAUCAAUGGAAGUGGUGUCAAGGGCACCAUUGCAGUCCUCCCACCGCACGAUGCAAAGUGUUCUCGCUGCUGGCGGUAUAUCGCCCCGGUCGAGGAUUCCUUGUGCGGUCGCUGCGAGGAGAUGGUCAAAGAGUAG